AUGGCCGGCGCUUACGAUGCGAGCUUACCGAGUGUUCCUGAUUGGCUCAACAAAGGAGACAACGCGUGGCAGCUCACGUCGGCGACUCUGGUCGGUCUACAAAGCAUGCCAGGUCUCGUCAUCCUCUACGCCUCCAUCGUCAAGAAGAAAUGGGCCGUGAAUUCCGCUUUCAUGGCACUUUACGCCUUCGCAGCCGUUCUCCUCUGUUGGGUCCUCCUCUGUUACAAAAUGGCUUUCGGAGAUGAGCUUUUGCCUUUCUGGGGUAAAGGUGGUCCCGCCUUCGACCAAGGAUACCUCAAGGGACAAGCCAAGAUUCCAGAAACUGUCAGGAUUUUUGGGAACGGUACGACGGAGAAAGAAGCGACGAUGCCGUAUUUUCCGAUGGCGACUUUGGUUUAUUUUCAGUUCACUUUUGCGGCGAUAACGACUAUACUUGUGGCCGGGUCGGUGUUGGGGAGGAUGAAUAUUAAAGCGUGGAUGGCUUUUGUGCCAUUGUGGUUGAUAUUUAGCUACACGGUCGGAGCUUAUAGUCUAUGGGGCGGUGGGUUUCUGUACCAUUGGGGUGUCAUUGAUUACUCCGGCGGAUAUGUUAUUCAUCUCUCCUCCGGUGUUGCCGGCUUCGUCGCCGCUUACUGGGUGGGACCCCGGCCUCAGGCAGACAGAGAAAGAUUCCCACCGAACAAUGUUCUUCUAAUGCUUGCCGGAGCUGGGCUUCUAUGGAUGGGAUGGUCCGGUUUUAACGGUGGAGCUCCUUACGCCGCCAACUUAACCUCCUCAAUCGCCGUGCUCAACACCAACCUCUCUGCCGCCACAAGCCUCCUCGUAUGGACCUGCCUCGAUGUUAUUUUCUUUGGCAAACCUUCAGUUAUAGGAGCCAUUCAAGGCAUGGUUACUGGCCUCGCCGGCGUCACUCCCGGAGCAGGGUUGAUCCAAACAUGGGCGGCCAUAAUAAUUGGAAUAUUCUCAGGAUCAAUUCCAUGGGCCUCUAUGAUGAUCAUUCACAAGAAAUCUACACUCCUCCAACAAGUAGAUGAUACAUUAGCGGUAUUCUACACACACGCAGUAGCUGGAGUACUAGGUGGAUUACUGACCGGCUUGUUCGCACAUCCUGAUCUCUGCGUCUUGUUACUUCCUGUCCCGAACACCAACGGAGCUUUCUACGGCGGCAAUGGUGGCAAACAGUUUCUGAAACAGUUGGUCGGAGCUGCCUUCAUUACUGUCUGGAAUGUAGUGUCGACGACUCUCAUACUCCUUGCUAUAAAGAUGUUCAUACCGUUGAGAAUGGCUGAGGAAGAGCUUGGUAUUGGAGACGAUGCUGCUCAUGGAGAAGAAGCUUAUGCUCUUUGGGGAGAUGGAGAGAAGUUCGAUGCCACGAGGCAUGAAACGCAGAUGCAACAGUUUGAGAGAGAUCAAGAAGCUGCUCAUCCUUCUUAUGUUCAUGGUGCUAGAGGUGUCACUAUUGUUUUAUAAAAAUCUCGGUAUGUGCUUUCUUUUCUUUUUAUCUCUCUUUCUUUUCUUUUGGUGUUGUAGAGACAUGAAAAAGUUGUGUUCUGUAUAGGUACAAACUUCAGUUUUCAUUUUUUCUGAUGUAAUAGCAGUUUUAACAACCAUUUUUUGAUUUUGCAAACUAAACUCAGAAGAAAUAUUCAUUUACAUUAUGAUUUGUUUGUAAUGAAUAUAAUUUCUUCAGGUUUUAUA